AUGGCCGACUAUCUUCUCCACGAAGGCCCGAUGGGCUAUUCCCUCUUCAAGGUCGCGCACCAGCAAGAUACCGUUGGCAACCGGUUGAAAGAAGUGCAAGACAGUGUGCAGGAUCUUGCGCGAUUCGGGAAAAUGGUCGAUCUGGUUAGCUUUUUACCGUUUGAAAAUGGAAAACAAGCUCUUGAAGAGCUUCAUGAUAUCUCGGAGGGCAUCGCAUCCGACUACCUGAAAUCAUUCCUCGAACUCAACCUCCCAAAGUCUGGAAAGAAGAACAAAGUCACGCUGGGAGUGUCAGACAAGAUUUUGGCCAGCAGUAUCAAGACGGCGUUUCCAAGCCUUGAAUGUGAAACUGGCGAUACAAGCGAGGUAGUUCAAGACAUGCUCAGAGGCCUUAGACUGCAUUCCGAGAAACUCCUGAAGCAACUUCGGGAGGGCGACACCGCAACGGCGCAGCUUGGUCUGGGUCAUGCAUACUCCAGAGCCAAGGUCAAGUUCUCGGUGCAGAAGAACGAUAACCACAUCAUUCAAGCCAUCGCCAUCCUUGAUCAGCUCGACAAGGCCAUCAACACGUUUUCCAUGCGUGUGCGGGAAUGGUACUCGUGGCAUUUCCCGGAGCUGGUCAAGAUUGUCUCCGAAAACAACAAAUAUGCAAAGGUCGCUUUGUUCGUCAAGGAUAAGAGGACUCUAUCUGACGAGAGUCUGCAUGAUCUCGCCGCAGUUGUUGACGACGAUGAAGACGUCGCAAAGAGUAUCAUCGACGCUGCAAAGACGAGUAUGGGUCAAGAAAUUUCCGUGUCCGACAUGGAGAAUGUAACGCUGUUUGCUGAACGAGUCGUCAGCCUUGCCAAGUACCGCAAGACACUCUACAGCUAUCUCGUCUCUAAGAUGAGCGUGGUAGCGCCAAACUUGGCAGCUUUGAUUGGAGAAGUCGUUGGUGCGCGGCUGAUCUCACAUGCCGGUAGUUUGACGAACCUCUCAAAGUACCCAGCGUCCACCGUGCAAAUCUUGGGCGCCGAGAAGGCUCUCUUCAGAGCCUUGAAGACGAAAGGCAACACGCCAAAAUAUGGCCUUCUUUACCAUUCCUCAUACAUCGGUCGAGCCGGACAGAAGAACAAGGGCAGGAUAUCUCGAUUCUUGGCCAACAAAUGCUCAAUUGCAUCCAGAAUCGACAACUUCUCCGAAACACCAUCAACAGUGUUUGGGCAGGCACUGAAGAAGCAAGUUGAAGAGCGACUUGAAUUCUACGCCUCGGGAGCUCAGCCUACGAAGAACGAAGAUGCAAUGAAAUCCGCCAUGGACAAAGUCCUCGCAGACAUGGACAUUGACGAGCCAUCCAAAGCCGACGUCGAGAUGUUUGACGCCGAGCCUACUGCUGUACAAACGCAAGAAAAGAAGAAGAAGGACAAGGACGGCAAAGAGAAGAAGAAAGAUAAGAAGCGAAAGUCGGAAGGUAACGAGGUUGAGGUCGAGGAAAAGAAGAAGAAACGCAAAUCUAUGGACACGGAUGGUGAGGUGGGCGAAAAGAAGAAAAAGAAGAAGUCCAAGUCGGAAUGA